AUGGUGAAACCCAUCGUGCUCAUCGUCGGCACACCAGACACUAAGCUCGAUGAAAUCCUCUACCUCAGGGAGCAGAUCCUCGUCGAGGGGACGUGCAAUACGAAGAUCCUCGAUGUAAGUCACAGCCUAUCUGCCAAGGUGAGGAUGCAGUUGGACAACCUCCCUUUGGGCGAAGUCAUUUCUCCUCUUGAAGAACACAGCUCGGCCUUGAAAGAGCUUUCUCGCGGCGAGUACAUUGACAAGGCCAUCGAGCUAUGCACACCCGUGGUUAAGGACCUGGUCUCCAAAUCAGCUGUCCAAGGCAUUGUCUCCGCAGGCGGCAGCAGUGGCUCAUCACUUGCAACAGCCUUGAUGCGCCAUGCCUGCCCCGUCGGAUUCCCUAAGCUGAUGGUGUCGACCAUGGCCAGCGGCGACAUCAAGCACUACGUCGAGGAAACAGAUAUUACCAUGAUGUACAGCGUGGUUGACAUUGCAGGAGUCAACUCGAUCCUCAAACGCAUCCUGUCCAAUGCUGCUGCUGCCAUCGCCGCCAUGACUGUCUCUUACGCCAAAUCCCUCGUUGAUGCUUCUGCCGUUGCCGCCAAAGGCAAGCGGAUCGCCAUCACAAUGUUUGGCAACACCACGCCAUGCGUCGAUGCGGUGCGCCGCAUUCUGACCUCGGCACCCCACGACGCCUCCGACUACGAGAUCUACGUCUUCCACGCCACCGGUUCCGGUGGGCGCGCCAUGGAGCGGCUCAUCGCGGAAGGACAGAUCGACGCCGUGAUCGAUUUGACCACCACUGAAAUCCCCGACGAACUCUUCGGCGGCGUCUUGACCGCAGGGCCGGACCGGCUCGAAGUCGCAGCAAAGAAGGGUGUCCCCAUGAUCGUCUCAGUCGGGGCCUGCGACAUGGUGAACUUUGGCCCCAAGGACAGCGUGCCGGAGAAAUACAAGGAUCGGAAAUUGUUCGUGCACAACCCGGCCGUCACCCUGAUGAGGACGACUCCAGAAGAGAACAAGAAGAUCGGCGAAUUCAUCGUCAACAAACUAUCCACCUAUGCCGCCAACCCGAGCUCAAUCCGCGUGCUGAUCCCGGAGAAAGGAGUCAGCAUGCUGGACGCAGCCAGGAAGCCCUUCUACGACGAGGAAGCCGACAAGGCGCUCUUCGACACGAUCCAGGAAGGGCUCGAGGGCACCAAGAUCGAGGUGGAGAAGCACGACUUGCACAUCAACGACGAAGCCUUUGCGGGCCACGUGGCCAGCGCGAUCCUGGAGGUCAUGGGCGUCACCCAGAGGAAUUAUCGGCUGGCCAACGCGAGACGGCGGAAAUGGAGCUUCGACCACGGCGCGUCUGUCAUGCUGGCGAGACGGAGCAGUCAGAUCGAGAUUCCGGACGCUUAG